AUGGCUAUCGCUGGCGCCCAACGAAAACAAGUCUUAAAGGUCUUGAUGAUCUCCCUCCUCCUAGACCUGAUAUCAUUUACAUUCAUCCUCCCCCUCUUCCCCUCCCUCCUGACAUUCUACCGGGCCCAAGACUCAAACCCAACCUCCCUCCUAACAACAAUCUUCCACUACCUAAACGCCUACAAAACCGCCUUCGCCCUCCCCACCGACACCCGCUACGACAUCAUCCUCCUCGGCGGAGCCCUAGGCUCCCUCUUCUCCCUCCUCCAAGCCCUCGCCGCCCCAAUCAUAGGCCACCUAUCCGACCGCCACGGCCGCCGCCCCGCCCUCCUCCUCUCCAUGACCGGCAACAUAGCCAGCGUCGCACUCUGGGUCAGCGCAACGGAUUUCCGCACAUUCCUCGCCUCCCGCGUCGUCGGCGGUCUCUCAGAGGCAAAUGUCCAACUAGCCGACGCUAUUGUCGGCGACGUGACGACCGAACAAGGGCGCAGCGGCAGUAUGGCGCUUAUCGGCGCUUGUUUUAGCGUUGCGUUUACGGUUGGUCCGGUUCUUGGUGCGGCGUUGGGGGCUGUGGAUGUCGUGAAGGAUAAUCCGUUCUUUGUCGCGGCGGGGGUGUCGUUGGCGUUCAUCCUGGUUGAGACGGUUUAUAUUUGGUUUGCGUUGCCGGAGACGCAUCCGCGGUUUACGCUGCUUCGGAAGGAGGAGGAGGAUAAGGUCGGGGCUAAGGGUGUGCAGGGGAAGGAAAAGCAAAAGGGAGAAGUUCACGUUGGCACGAAUAAUCCCGCUAUACUGAAUGCGCUGCAUUUCAUGUUUUUGCUUCCGUUUGCUGGGUUGGAAUUCUCGCUUCCGUUCUUCACGGCGACGUUAUACUCGAACUCGAGUUCCAGUCCCGCCGCGCUGAACGGCCGUCUUCUCUCGAUGAUGGGACUCAUUGCGUCCCUGCUGCAAGGUACCGUCGUGCGCCGACUACCUCCUCUGACAACGAUCCGAAUUGGCGUCAUUGCAUGUGCGGCUUCAUUCUUUCUCCUCGCGCGCGUGGAGUCUGUUGGUGGGUUGUACGCUGCUGGUGGAUUAUUGGCUAUUACGAGCGCGACGGUCGUUACGGGGUUGAAGAGUUUGGGGAGUUUCGAGGCGCGGGAUGCGGAUCGGGGAGCUGUUAUGGGACGGUUGAGGGGGUGGGGACAGGCUGGGCGGGCGACGGGGCCGGUUCUCUUUUGCUCGCUUUUUUGGUGGGCUGGGAGGGAGGUUGCGUAUAGUGUUGGUGGGGGGGCGAUGGUUUGUGUUGCUGUGGCUGUUUUUGCGCUGUUGAGGGCGCCGGUUGUUAGGGGGAAGAUUGAUUGA